UCGUAAAAUUUAAAGCGGAAGGGUAGAUCAUAGAGGUUUUAGGAAAACACUACCAAAAAAAGAAAGGAUUUUGGAAAAAUAAAGAAAUAAAAAGAUUGACGAGAACAGAAAAGGAAGCGAAAUAGGAUUAGAAGGAGAAGAUUGCGAUAAUUUUGAAAUCAAAUCAACAAUGAUAACUACUAAACACAGAAUUUACGGCGAUGAAACGAGGGUAUUUGUUGAUUCAUUAGCGAUCGGUUCAAUUCAAUUCCUAAAACCUGAAUUGUGUGCUGCUGCUGUUGCGCUGCAAUGGCAUCAUCAUCAUCAUUGUCAGCGCCUAAUGUGGUUUUGUUCGAUGCUUUUUUCCGUCGUGCCGAUUUGGAUUGCGACGGUCGUAUCAGCGGCGUCGAAGCCGUCUCCUUCUUCCAAGGUUCCGGUUUGCCCCAAAAAAUCCUUGCUCAGAUUUGGAAAUUCGCAAACACAAAUCAAAGUGGUUUCCUAGGUCGUGCAGAGUUCUACAAUGCACUUAAACUUGUCACAGUCGCACAGAGCAAGCGCGAACUCACUCCUGAAUUAGUCAAGAAUGCAUUCUAUGGUCCAGCCGCAUCUAUGAUUCCUGCUCCUCAGAUCAAUUUCGCUGCCACUGUUACACCCCCCCGCCAUUCGCACCCUUUGGACCACUUCCAAAUCAAAACUACUUUCCUGCUGUUGCUGGACCUCACCCUGCAACUUCCUCUGCCUUCCCUGCUUAUGGCAACAUGAUGGCUGGAGGACCUCUCCAACCACCGCACGUUGGAGGAACUCUUCCUACUGCUUCAACUCAGGAGGGGUUUGGUUUUGCAAUUACAUCAUCUGCUUCAAUUGUUGCACCCCCCACAUGGCCUACACAAUCAAAAUAUCCUACCUCUGUCAAUGAUGGUAUUGUUGCUUCUGAUUCAUUUUUCAGAGGAGGGGAUUUGUUCUCAACCACCUCAUCUCAGCCCAACCAAGAUUCUUCUCCACAUGGAUUUUCAUCUGCCAUUCUUCAUGUAUCUUGCUGGAACACCACCUCUGAUUCUUUGCAGAGCUCACUUGCUACUCACUCUGUUCGUCCAUAUCUUCAGCAGAACCAGCAUGCCUCCGUUCAGGCACCUAAUAUGCACAGUUCGCCUGGACUUCCAGUCAGAUUGCAGGAUUCUGCGUCAGGUCAGCCCCAACCUCCAUGGCCAAGAAUGACUCAGACUGAUAAACAGAAAUAUACGAAUAUAUUCAUGGAAGUAGACAAGGAUAGAGAUGGGAAAAUCACAGGGGAACAGGCGAGGGACUUGUUUCUUAGUUGGGCACUACCAAAAGAUGUUUUGAAGCAGGUUUGCGACCUAUCCGAUCAAGAUAAUGAUAGCAUGCUUUCUCUCAACGAGUUUUGUAUUGCACUGCACCUAAUGGAGCGACACAGGGAAGGACAUGCUCUUCCAGCUGUACUUCCGAAUAACAUUCUUCUUGAUUUACCGACUAGUGGUCAACCUGCCAAUCUCCUUAGUCCUGUAACUUGGGGAAAUCAGUCAGGUGUUCAACAACAGCAAAUGAUGACUGGAUCUGGGGCUCAACAUCUCAACCCUACUGCAGGUUGGCCACCAAGGCCGGCUGCUGUCCCUCCAUCUGAUGAAGGACCUCAGAGCAAGCAGCAGAAAUCCAAAAUUCCAGUCUUGGAGAAGCAUCUCACAAAUCAACUGAGUUCAGAUGAGCAAAAUUCAAUUAACUUGAAGUUUCAAGAAGCUACAGAAGCCAAUAAGAUGGUUAAAUACAAUAGCAGAUGCGACAAUCGUCUUAACGAGACCACAGAAAGGAUAUCUGCGGAUAAACAUGAGGUAGAGAUUCUAGCAAAGAAAUAUGAAGAUAAAUAUAAGCAAGUUGGAGAUGUAUCAUCCAAGUUGACAACCGAAGAAGCCACAUUCUGUGACAUACAGGGAAAAAAAUUUGAAUUAUAUCAAUGGAUUGUCAAGUUGGAACAGGAUGUAAAUACUGAUGACACAGUACAGGUCCGUGCUGAUCGAAUCAAUUUUGUCCUUGAUGAACUGGUGAAGUCUCUAAAUGAACAGUGCAAGAAGUAUGGAUUGCGUGCAAAACUCACGACAUUAUUGGAGCUACCCUUCGGCUGGCAACCUGGUAUCCAAGAAGGAGCUGCUGAUUGGGAUGAGGAUUGGGAUGAGCUUGAAGAUAAAGCAGAAUUUGCUCUUGUCAAAGAAUACACUCUUGAUGUGCAAAACACCAUAGCGCAUCCAAACCAAAAGCAACCAAAGGCUGUGAGCACAAAAGCUUUGGAUAUUAACAGUCCAAAAUUUGUAGUGUCGCCUAAGAGUGAUGAUAAGUCAGAAAAACCUCAGACUACAAAUGAACAGGGAGUAGGUAAUGGAUCUGUUUUUGAUAAAAGCAAUGAUGGGUCUGAAAAAAGUGCUCCUAAUAGUCCAUUUGCAAGCAGUACUAUCGGAAGGCCACAUAGGGACUUUGUUGAUUCUGACAUUCGAAAGACUUCUGGUGAAAAUAGCUCACCCCGUAAUCAAAAUGACACGCAAGAAACCCAAAGCGAUCAUGGUGGUGAGAAGUCUGUGUUUUCUGAAGAACGAGUUUUUGAUGAACCUAAUUGGGGAACCUUCGACACAAAUGAUGAUAUCGAUUCAGUUUGGGGAUUCAAUGCCAGUAGCAAAGAGGAGAGAGAGCUGGAUGGAGCUGGAGACAACUAUUUCUUUAGUUCUGGAGACCUGGGCCUCAACCGCAUUAAAACAUCUUCACCACAGGCUGGUGAUCUCUUCCUGAAGACCAGUGGAUGAUUCUGUUCCAAGAACCCCACUUUUCAGCUCAAGCAGCUCCCCGCAAAGGCCUAAAGACUGGUUGGAAAACACUUUUGACUUUUCAAGAUUUGAUUCAUUUAGCACACACGAUAGCGUAUCUUUACCUGCUCGGGAAGCACAACCACCAGUAAGAUUUGAUUAUGUCCGCAGCAGUGCGGGUUUUGAUCAUGGUUUUCCUGCUUUUGAUGACUUGGAUCCCUUUGGCUCUGGGCCUUUUAGGACUUCAUCAGAAAGUCAAACUCCUAGAAAAGGAUAUGAUAAUUGGAGUGCUUUUUAGUUUUGUAACUAACAUCUCUGUUGAGAUUAGGUGUAGUUGGUUAGAAAUUUGAUGUAAAUACUUGGUGUGACUAGUUAUAUAUAAAUUCUAUUUCGCUAUAUCAAUUUCUAUUCUCACAA